UUAAUAACAGCCAGGUGAUCCAAGUGGCACAUCAGCGACACCCUGUGUUCAAUGCCGGCUACUGCAUCCUGAGCUGCGACAUUCGAGGGCUCCCGGACAGAAUAGGACGCUUCAGUUAAAACGCUUCGCGGCGAUGAACAAGAGCAACCGGCGACCUAUAAGCAUAAGCGCGUACCGUAUAACACUCUCAACUUGCUGUCUCCCGAAUGUGGGGUUGCACUUGUCCUUUGUUCAGUUAGACUUUCUGACGGCGCUCGUCGGCGGAGUUGUCACUUUUACAAAGGCGCACCCGAACGCACCAGUGGGCUCGCUCAUUUCCAAAAUGGCGGACACGACGACGUCGCCGGAGGACCACAGGAAGCACGCAGACGUGGCUUUCGGCGACGCCGUUUUUGACCCCGGUUUCUUUAGUGUCGGCGGGAAGGGGACAGCCGGGUCGCGGGCCAACAGCAUUGGCUCAAGAAGCGCCUCUUCGGUACCAAAUACAGAUGACGAGGACAGCGACUGCCGCCACGAGACGUCCGACAAGAACUUGUACAAAGAUCGGCGGAGGCAAGCGCACACGCAGGCCGAGCAGAAGCGACGCGACACAAUCAAGAAAGGCUUUGAUGACCUGCAAGUGGUGGUGCCCACCUUCCUGGAGUCUGAAUCUGUGCUGGGGGGGCAGAAGGUAGCCAAGGCUGUCAUCCUGCAGAAGACCAUUGAAUACAUCAAUUUUCUUAACAAAGAGAAGAGGAAGCAGGAGGAGGAGGUUUCCCGUCUGAGAAAAGAAGUGACUGCGCUGAAGAUCAUGAAAACGAACUACGAGCAGAUCGUAGAGGCAAACCAGAACCACCCACUGCAGGACGACAACCAGGUGUCGGACCAGAUCAAGUUUGACAUCUUUCAGAGCAUCAUGGACUCCCUCUUCGACUCUUUCAGCAACUCCGUCUCGGUCAACAGCUUCCAGGAGCUUUCGGCCAGCUUGAUCAACUGGAUCGAGGAAUACUGCAAGCCGCUGAUGCUGAAGAAUUUCGUGGUCGGGGUCUUGCGACAGCUCAACUGUCAGGUCUACUGACGCUAGUUCCACCGCCACGGGAUGGUCUGACGUGGUAAUGGUACAUCGUGCAUGUCUAUAAGUGUGCAUUUCAGCCACUUUUGUCUGAUUUCGACAUUUUAAAAAUGGUGUUUACAAUUCUAAUGAUCUGUUGGAGGCGUUCGAUAGUUUUAAGAGUGUAUCGUGAACUUUUGAACGGAAUGUCUUUUAUUAGUCCCAGGCUGGUGUUUCUUUUAACAUGUGUAAUGCACACAUUGUGACGUCAAACAACACGUUAAAUAGUUUGUGUGCGGGUUUCUCUCUCAGGGUUGGAGACUCACGAUAAAAACAAUCUUUUGUGAGUUUUUCAUGCUAAAUAGUGCAGGUGUGCCUAAUACUGUGACCAGUGAGCCUCCAUCUACAGGCCAUGUUAAGUCAAUAGCGGCAAAGUUAAGCAAAAGUCAUGUUUUUUUUUAAUCCUUUAUUUCUCUCAGUCCUUUGUCAAAUAUAAUGUGGUGAUGACAACUUAGUCGAACAGCUAGCUAGUGGUUAGAUCUAGGUUUUCUAGGAUGUAUUGUCAGUAGACAAGCCAGGUGUUGAACAGGGUUUCCACAAGUCAUUAAAAAGCAAUGAAAGUAUUUUGCGAAAAUUAAAGCCUUAAAUGGCAUUAAGUACCACGUCCAAAGGCAUUAAAGCCUCACUAGUCUGCAAGCACUGCAAAGUAACAAAAGUUAAGAAGAAAAGCGAUGAAUAUAAAGCCAAUGGGAAUAUUUGAGCCCAUUAAUACGGACGAACUGGCAACAAAACAAUUUAAUUGAAGUGCAAUUUUUGCUAAAAUUGUCAGGUUUUUUAGAUUUACUUAUUUAGAAUUAUUGACCUUCCAAUGACAAUGGUAAAAAAAAUACUACUGUAAUGAAAAAUGUUUGUCUGAAAGGGUUCCUUGCAUUAUUAUCGUAUGUUUACAUUAGUGCUUGAUUUGGCCACAGUUAAUGUAAACUUUUCAACAUUAUCAUUGUCAAAUUCUUACAAUUCUGUAUACAGGCAAUUGUACUGUAUUAUUUUGACCAUUGACCAGUAGGACAUGGGCAUUAAAUUUCCUUUAAAAGCAUUACAUUAGAUACCUGCAGAAACCCUGUUGAACGCCAAAGGACUAGGAUGUGUUCUUUCGACCCCCUCUAGGACCACUGAUGUUUUAAUGAGUAUCAGUUGUUACCAUGUAUGGAAAGUUACCAGCUACUUUGUAAAUAGAUGCCAGCGUGGAAAGCAAAUCUGUUGUUGAUGAAGAGCUGCUUGUGAUUUCUUGCAAAACGCUCAGUAAUUAACAGUCUGGUCAAGGAGAGGACCAGAACAGCAACUUUAUAAGUAACCAACGAUUCUAUUGACAAACAACAGAGCUUAAAGCAUGUUUUAUUGAAAGAUGCCGACAAACUGGUGCUUGGUGCGUUUAAUAAGACUUGCCUUUAUUGUCCCGUUUUAAGAUAUGGUGUGUGCCAGGAGUCUGUCCUAUGACCACUAUUAUUUAGAAACAGUAUAUCAAUACACAUCAACCUUAUUACCGCAGUUUGACUUAAUGUUGAUAUUUUUUAUAUUUACAGUCUGAGGUGCACAUUAAAGAACUUUUUGGUGCCUUGCCCGAUUGGCUCAAACUCAGGCGUACUUAGUGAGUGAAAUAGACCUGUCCCAAUUUCUGUAUCUUAUGGUCUCCCAUUCCGUCCUUUUACCAAAAUCCUGUUGAUCCACUUUUUACCCCCUGUUCUAAAAGACCUGCAAUAAUGAGGGUGAAAUGUUCUUGUUUUUAAAGAUAUUUAUAGAAUUAGACAAUGUUUUGCUAGAAACCAAUUUGAGAGUUUUGGAUGAUGCUUAAAGAUGUUUUAGGACACAGAAGAUUGUACAUGUGUCCCUUUGACAAACAUUUUAUAUAUGCUAAAUUAUUCUUGUUCUCUUGCUUCUUCAAAGUGUAUUGUGCUGCAUGUUUUUUCCAGAGCGUCCCUCCUGCCUAAAUAAAUAUGCUGUUGAUAGAU